UUGAUUUCUAUUCUACCCGGUCUUAUCGGUUCAAUAGUCGGCUUCAUUUUCAAGACUGCUGGAUCAGUGAUGAGCUUCCUCGCUCAAAAUGUAUGGCCUCUGACUAUGGGAGUCGCCAUAUUCAUGGUUGAGCGCUUUCAGAAGAACAGGCGAUCAAUCAAGAAUGCUGAUACCAGUCCAGCUGAAAUCAAUCCGACCUCUAUCAUGUUAUAAUUUGUCUCAAUGUCGCUCGAGCGUAGGCUGCGAAGCUCUUCAUGAUGUCAUCUCCAAUUGACUGAUUUGUUGACUCGAACUUCAUGUCAGACUUUGCCUUGUUGAGGCUGUUAUUAUACUGUACUCUGAGUGUUCACAAGAAGAUUUAAGUGCGUAAGCCAAGUGCCUGGUGAGAGUGUAAGAUCAAGUGUGACCUCAGCUUCAUUAAUCGCGAGCUGAAACCUCUGAACGCUUUUCGAAACUUCUUGCUUUCUGAUUGCAUCCUCAACCAACACGAGGAACUCACGUUGAGCUUCCUUAGCGCUUCCUGGUGAACCCAAGGUUGAUGAUGUAACAUUGACUUGUGCACCGAGGAUGCAAUAGACGAAUGCCUCAAUGGACAGAUUUGGUCUCGCCAUCCCAGCUUGCGUCAGACCUUCUGACUUGUCUGCCAUGAAGAGGUCGAAUUGCCUCUCAACUUUCGCAUUAUAAUUCCUUAUGAAAUAAAUAAGAUUUCCUUGAUGGCUUUUCCGCCCUCAUCGCUGAACUGUAGGAUAAACUAUUGAAUGAUUUGCUUCUAGACCAACAUAUGACACAGAUCCAAGACCGGUUUAAUUUGAAGCGAACAGGAGAAAUCUCUGAAUUCAAUGUGCAAGGCCCUUCAACUGUAAAGAGAAUUUCAGAAGGUAAUUAUUUACUCAAAAGCCUUGGCCGAGCUCCUCAAAAUACAUUGAAGAGUGAAGGAGUGAAGGUUUAAAUGAAUACUCCAAAGGAGUUUUGGAAAUCUGCAAUCCUCAAAAUAUGCAUAUCCUUCUUGGCAAGGAUCUGGCUGGAAUUAUACGACGUUUGAAAACCACCAACUUAAUCAAAAGAUUUACAUCAUUCACCUACUACCUUCGGAUCUUUGGGCCACUAAGCAACUCAUGCAAGAGACCACGAAGCGGCCCAAGCGUCCCAAGUGGCCUAAGCGUCCCAAAGGAUCCCAGGAAGAUGAUUUGUGUAUGUUAGAAGGACCUUGAGAAUGAAAUUACUCAUUACCGACAUGUCCUUGACAAAUAAAAGAAAAUUAGAUCCGUUUGUCACACAUCAUGCACUGUGACAGGAGUGACGUCGGUUGAAUUGUCAACAAGCGGUAUGGCAGUUCCUCUGAGUGGAAUUAGGUUGAUAGCUGGAGUACCCAUGGCUGGUUCAGCCGGCUUUCUGGGAUUUUGUAUCAACAGCAUUUAGUGUUGGGAAGUUCCCCGAAAAAAGUAGUUGAGAAAUAAUGCAAGACGCUCAUCUGAGGUUGACUGAGGUUAUAAAGUAACAAAUCAAACAAGAUCACCGACAGAAACUCGGAUGACUCGUAAACAUAACGAAAUAGGAUUUGAAUUUGAAAGGAAAACGAGUGGGUUGAAUAUUAUUUUUACAAAGGAUAUGCAAAUUCAACACAGCUAAGUGUUUAAUAGCCAACAAACGCUUAUGAAAUAAUUAGGGUAUCGGCUGAUUAUUUCAAAGGCUACGAUUGGUUUAUUUUUUGUUAAUAAUAAAACCAUUUGGUCGAAAAGUUGGCUUUUUUUGUUGUUUUGGUUUUCACACAACAAAAAACGGCUUCCUCUGAGAGUUGUAUUUUCAGUUAUGAAAAAUUGGAUCUUGUUGUUUCACUCUGUCGUUUUUAUGCUUUCUCCGCCACAAUGCAUGAGAAAUUCAAGAAGUCGUUUUUAAGGUAAUUCAAGCUUUAGGAGAGGCAAAUGUUCUAUUGAAAAUGAAAUUCUUAAAGCCAAUAUGUAAAUUCACUUCACACCUGCUUAAUUCAAAGAUCAAACUUGUCUGAUGCAUCAGAGAAGUUUUUCUUGAUGGCUGAAAGAAUUAAUUUGAAAGAUAUCUGAAGCAUCAGAAACAAGACUUAAAUGAAAUGUUUCUUUCUCAGUUAAUGCCUUAUGUAAUCUUCAAGAUUCUGAACGUCAUAUUUCAUUCUUAUGAGAGUCAUUCCAUAUAUUGUACACUUAUAAUUCUUCAUCUAUUCUCCCCCCACUGCCUUUGGAAUUGCUUGUAUGUUUGAUGAAAUGGUUUUGGAUAUUCAUAAUGUUGAAUCCCGUCCGAUUCAAAAGCUAAUAUAAGUGUAUCACAAAAAUCAUCUAUUUCAAGCAAAAAUCCUGUCUGAUGAUUCAUAAGCCACGAGGGCUUGACAUUAGGAAAUUUCUCACUGAGAAUAUUCUCAAAGAUUUUACGACAUACAGCUUCACGGCCUAGCCGAGAAGACCCUUAAAGAAUAACAAAGAUUCUCAAAGCACAAUCUGAGCAGCUCGACUGGAGCGGUAUCAACUUUCUUAUGAGGCUGAGUGAUCAAAGCUGAACCAGCAAGGGAUUCAGAACAUCGAGAGAAACUAGCUUUUCUCGUUGCAAGUGGUAAAACGAAGGAAAUGAUUGGUGCAAAGCAAUCCGAAGAUCUGAAGGACUCGAGCCCCAGAGGGGCAGAAUUACAACCAGAACCAGAACCAGAAACAUCAUUAUCAUUCUCACUCACUCAAAUUCUUUCAGUAGUAUGUGUCGUUCUCUCACUGGCUGGACUGUACUAUAAAAGAAAAGAGUGACCAAGCCGCGGAGCGGCAGGUCUCGAGGGGGCAAGCAUUGAAGAGGCAGAACAUCGUCAAAAGUUUCAUGGUGAAUACUUGUUGUCAAUUUUCAAAAUUAAUGUUUAAGAUAAAUAAAAUGGCAAGCAAUAGCAAUAAUGAUUGGAGGAACGCCCAACAAUACGACCUCCUUUGUUAGUUAAUCUCGCAUAGUAUUUGAGCGGAGACCAGAAUAGUGCUGAAAAAGAGAAAAAGAGGCAUGAUCUCACUGUGGAGAAGUACCAAGCGGCCUAUGAAAAGUAUCAAGAAAAUCGAACAAAGCUUCUCGAUUGGAUCGCAACUCCUGAAUCAAAACAGAUUUGCCCUUGAAACUAGCAAAUGACAAAGUGAGAUACUCUUUGAUCGGAAAUGGGACCUGGUGAUUUCUCUGCUAAGAGAAACAGAUCAGUCAAUGAUUGGUGGAGCAAAACCAGAACACAAAAAAGAGAGGAGUUUUGGAUUUAUCAUGUUGAAGGAGUAGUAAGUUAUGAUUUAAAAAUAAUAGACAUUGAUCAAAAAAAAUACCCGACAGCUCCUGGGAGAUGGAAAAUGAUCAGCCAUCAUUGGGCAAAAGAAAUUGACAGCGAUUCAAGCGUCAAUGCUUCUUCUUUAUGGUUCAAUGGUAAAAAACGUAUUAACUUCUCUGAAACUCCUGCAACAGAAGGAGAAUUCGUGUGUGGGGGAAUUACACAGAAAUAUUUGGAGAUCGUUUCCAUGGAGGACUGAACUCAGACUAUCAUUCUCUUCUCAUUAACAAAGACACUCUUAUGACAGGAGACAAAUCAAGGCACACCACAACUUCUUUGAGAGAAGAUACCACAUUAAAAACUUCUCAAAAACAAUCAACACCCUGAUAGCGCGACAAGAGAAUCGUUUAAGAAGAUCGCUUAAGAGAAUCGUUAAAAAGGACAAUAUGCACACCCUAUUCAGAACUCACGAGUGAGACAUUGUGAAUAUUAUUCACCUGUAAAAAAUUCAAGUUGCCUUGUAAUCAAGAUUAAAUUUCAUGAAUAGCUUUAAAAAUCAAGGUUGUUUUCAAAAUGCGCCAAAAUGCCCCAUUUCUAACUACCUAGGUAGUUAGACCCUUUCAACCAAUUUAGCUAGUUUUGUGUGUUUUGUGCAGUUUACCCACCUCAGCUAGUUUGACCAUUUUAACGAAUUGAAAAAUUCAUUUAGUUUGGGCAUUUUGUGCAGUUUAACCGUUUAAGCUGGUUUAACAAUUUUAACUAGUUGAAGCAAUGCAGGCGGCAAUUGUGCAUUUUGUGCAGUUUAACUGUUUAAACUAGUUGUUAAACCCCAAUCCGUCGAUAAACAUCCCUGAGGUCGAGUUGUCGCGAACGCUGAUUAACCAUGAAAAAUCAAAACCUCCGAUCUGAAAUCCUUCAGGAAGGCGUUAAGAAAACUCACACCAAGCGUUUACAGUGUUUAACACAACAUUAGGUUCGAAAUCGUUAAAAACUUGAACGAUAUAGGUAGGUUUUAAUCAAGUGGUCUCGCGGCACCGCACAUUGAAGAAAACUUAGAUAUCACCUAUGAUGCGAACAAAGGCGACGGUGGCGCGUCGACCAGCUGCAACAGUACAUCGCAUCCAAUUUGAGCUAUACUAGCUAAUCUGUGCAUUUGGUUCAAAUUGAGCGCUUUAGCUAGUUUAACCGUUUACUGUUGAAACAAGUAGUUUGUAUAGUUUGUUCAUUUUAACCGUUUUUGUUAGUUAAACCAAUUUAAGCUAACUUGACCAUUUUAACCAAAUGAACCAGUUCAGGUGGUUCGUCCAUUUUGUCCAGUUUAAACGAUUCAGCUAGUAUAACCAGUUAAACUAAGUUAGCUACUUUGUUGAUAUAGUACAGUUUCACCAUUUUAGCUAGUUUAAUAACCUUAUCCAGUUGACCUUAUUUAGCUACUUUGUGCAUUUUGUCCAGCUGGGCCAAUUUAGCAAGUUUAGCAAUUUAAGCAGUGUAACUAACUCAGCUACUUUGUGCAUUUUGUGUGGUUAAACGUUUUAAAGCUUAGGUUUGAGCCUAGCCCUUCAUCAGAGUGAUUGGAACAACGCAUCUUAUGCCAUUUCACCCUUCUUGCUAGUUUGUCCUUUUUAAGCAUACCAGAUUGUUAGACAAUUUAAACUAGUUAUGACAGUUUAGUUAAUCUCUGCAUUUCGUUCAAAUAAACGUUCCAAUGAAUUUUGGCUAGUUUAAUCGUUUCAACCAGUUGAUCCAAUUGAGGUAGUUUGUACAUUUGGUUAAUUCUAACCGUUUUAGCUAAUUUGCCCAUUUCAACUGGUUAAGCUAGUUAAUGGAUUUUGUUCAGAUUAACUGUUUUUGUUGAACCAUUUGUGCCAACUUGAUCAUUUUAAGAAAUUUUAAAAACCAAUUGAGGUAAAUUGAGCAUUAUGUACAGUUAAAAGCUUUCAGCUUGUUUGAGCAAUUUAACCAGUUGAACCAAUUCAGCUAGUUUGUCCUUUUUAUUCGGUUAAACAGAUUUUCGGUAAAUUCAACAAUUUAACCAGUUGAACUAAUAUUGGCAUUUUUUUCGGUUCAACCUCUUUUAGCAAGUUUGCCCAAUUUGAUCAGUUGAACUAAUUUAGCUAGUUUGUGCAUUUUGUGCAGCUUAACCUUUUCAGCAAGGAACACUACUGAACUAGUAGUUGAAAUAAGACCUGAAAAAAAUUCAAGCCCCUACAGGAUUUGACCUAAGACUUCUGUGAUACCAGGCACGAACGGGAUUUGAACCCAUGACCUCUACGAUACCGGUGUAGCGCUCUUCCGAUUGAGCUAACAAGCCAACUGAGAGCUGGUCAAUAGGGUUGGGUGUUAGUUUGGGUAUUAUUAUGUUAGUAUACUGAAUACGGGCCCGAAUUUUUUUCAGGUCUUAUUUCAACUACUAGUUCAAUAGUGUUUUUAGCUGCGAGGAUCUCUUAUAUUCGUUUCUUCACCGCAGUGCACUUAUAUGAAUUUCAUAUAUCUAAAAUCACUUUUCAGCUAGAUGGUCCAUUUUAACCAGUUGACUCAAUCAGUAAGUUUGCUCAGUUUGUUCAGUUUAACCGUUUUAGCUUGUUUAACUAUGUAACGAGUUGAACCAGUUUAGCUGGUUUCUGCAUAUUUUUAGUGCAACUGUCUCAUCUAGUUUCACCUGUGAUGGGUAGUGACUGUAGAAAUAAGUAUCUAGAAAGUUCUAGUAAGAAUGCGUAGUCACGUUUACAUGCAUAACAUGGAACUUUCUAGAACAUUCUAAUCGUUCACGAAAUCAUGACGUAAUACUGCUAAAAUAGCCGUGCUAUAAGCUUCCAGAAUGAUUAAGAAUAAAUUGUAAAUGUACAUAAGGAUUAACCGUGUAUUAGAAGUAGUUGUUGUUGUCAGGAGUGACCGACUGUUUGGAAAGCUACACCGAGAGAGAGCCAUCGUUCAUUUCAAGGAACUAUGGAGAAAACUGUGAGGUUGUGUCAGUGGUGAGCGAAGAUGUAGACUGUUGUUAUUGUUAAUCAGACCACUCCAAAAGGGCCACUACCAUUCGUUCAAGAGCCAUUCAACAAGAUUCAUGGCUGAUUGUGUUGGGCUAUUAUCAUAGACGGGGUCAGGGGACCAGUAUUUGCCAACCUUCAUGUGUGGAUUUACCAGAUUUCUUGAAGCCGUGCCCUUGAGAAACAUCGAAGUUAAGGUUAUCGUCAAAGAGUUAAACAAGUUCUUUACACGAGUGGGUCUUCCAAGCUCUAUCCAGUCUGACCAAGGUUCCAAUUGUAUGUCUGGCGUAUUUCAGCAAGUGAUGCACUAGCUUGGGAGAAGGCAGUGUGGGUCAUUUGCAUACCACUCUUAAAGUCAAGGAGCUCUCGAGAGAUGGCUUCAAACACCAAAGAACAUGAUGAGGAUCUACUGCUUGGAAACUGAGAAAGACUAGACAAGGGUAUCCAUCUACUGUUGUUUACUGCACACGAGUUGUUCCAGGAGUCUCUGAGAUUCAGUCUGUCUGAGCUUGUCUUUGGGCACACUAUGAAAGGACUUCUUAGGCGGACCUCAGCAGUACUCAGCCUGUUAAUCUUUUGCAGUAUGUUUCAGAUUUUCACAUAAAUCUUUAUAACUUGUAAGUUAGAUAGAGUUAAUCUUAGUUAGUCUCAGAAAUCCAUGAAAGAGAAGUAUGAUGUAGAACAUGACUUAUAGUCAGUUCAAAGGGAUCUUGCUUUGUUGCCGGUGCCCGGUAACACACUGCAUUCUAGAUGUUUGGGACCUUGUGUCAUUGAGAAGUUAAAAUACCUUAAUUAUAUAAUAGUCACUAACAGACGAAGUUAUGCCACGUUAAUAUGUUGAAGCCUUAUGUAGAGAGAAGUAAUAUUUUAGUUAGAGCCUGCAAAUGUUAACGCAGUUGUUUCUGAGACCAAAAAAUUAAGUAAUGAGCUUAAUUGUAGUCAUCUUAGUCCCACCGACGGAACGUAGACUCUGUGCUGUAACACCUGGAAGAUGGUCAACUCCAGAACCUGGAGAUGCUACUGCAAGAGCAUAAAGACCUGUUUCUUGAUAUCCCUACCAGGACAAAUCGGAUUUACAAUGAUGUGAAUGUGGGUGAUGUUGUUCCUGUAGAACAACUCUUGUACAGGCUAAAUUCAAGUAAACAACAAUACCUCAAAGAGGAUAUAAUUUGCGAAUGCGUUCACUGAACCAAGUAGCAGUAGUCGGAGUUCUCCAUGUAUACUUGCCACUAAGCCAGAUGGAAGUUACCGCACGUGUAAAAAUUAUACAAAAGUGAAUAGCGUGCUCAAGGCAGACACCUUUCCUAUACCAAGUAUGCGACGAAAUUCGACCUUCUCAAAGAACUCUGGCAAGUUCCGUUGACAGAUUACAACAAGGAGAUUUAAGCCUUUGUAACACCAGAAGGAUUGUACCAAUAUUACGUCAUGCCCUUUGGUAUGAAAAACUUACCUGCUAUUUUCCAGCGAGUAGGUAUAAAAUGAGGUUUCUGGCGCAUUUUGAAAUCAAACUUGAUAUUUACGGCAACUCAUGAAAUCAAACUUGAAAUCAACCUUGAUUUAAAAAAAAAAAUUCUGGCACAUUUGAAAGGCAACUUGAAUUAUUCACAGGUGAGUAAUUUCACACCGUCUUCACAAUGUCUCACUCGCGAGUUUCGAAGAGGAUGAAUAUUAUCAUCUUGAACGAUCUUCUUGUAACGCCAUCGGCGUCGCUGAAAUGGUGUUGAUUUUUUGUGUGAAUGUUGUAUCUUUUUCUGCAAAGAAGUCGUGGUGUACCUUAGUUUGUUCUUCUGUCAAAAUUGUGUUUUUGUAAAUGAUACAUACGUCAUUAAUAAGUCACGCAUUUAAGCUCACGGUUGAUGAUGUUGAGCUGAGCAUAUGAAAAAACUAAGAUGUGACAUUCAGUCAACAAGAGGUCCUCAUAGAGGUUGAAUAGAUUAUAACCAUCAGUGUCCAGCCCGAUCUCUCCUGCGAAUUUUACAGUCAAUCUGUCAAAAAGAGCCCUUGGGACAUUGUUCACAAUAUAAUUUUUUGCGUGACCACUAACUGCCAAGUUAAAGAUGAGUGAAAGAGAUCCUGGCACAAGGACAACUCCGUCAUCAAGCAUUGGAACUAGGACUCUAAGGACUUCACGUGGAGAUAACCUAUUAAGGUUAAAUGUUAAUUGUUAGUUACGCGGUCAGCCUUGAGGGCGUGUGACGUCUUUUUUCAACAUUUGAAUUGGUUUUUUUCACUGAAUUCCAUUUAAAAAAAGGAAAAAAUGGAUGAUUUUGGAGAUUUUGGUCCUCUUUUUGAACACAAUGACGGUGAUGAUGAUGAUGAAGAUGAAGGAAAUACAACAACACCUUUUCAGCCUGAUUAUAAUUCAACCUCAGGGCCAUCAGAUGAAGAAACUCCAAUGACGACAAUGAACAGGGACAAGAGAAAGGGUCAAAAACAGCUGAAAUAUCUUUCAUUGGAGGUGAUACCACUUAUUCGCGAGUCAUCACUUCAAAUGAGAAGGCUGGGAAUCGCUUUCCAGAAUUUAUCCCAGCAAAAGUUUCAGACUUUGAGGUUUCCUAUAGUAAAAUAGGAAGGUUGCAGGUUAAGAUGUUUUGUCAGGGCAAGAAGGCACAUCCCUUGUAUAGUAAGGAAAGGUGUCCAAAAAAGCAAAUGUUGAAUCCAUCACUCCCAAAACAAAUAAAAACCUCAGGGGAGGAUCGGGAGAUUGCCAAUGAUGAGAAUGAAGAACAAGCUAUAAGAGGAAGAGCACGAGAAAGGUUAAUAGAAAAUUAA